UGCUUCUUUAUUUGUUUCAGGGCAAAGCAGAAUAGUCAGAGAAAAAUGGCGUGCAGGAGCAUGCUUCGUUCCGCUAUUCUUGUUGAACCUUUACAAUUCGAAUCCCUUCGUUUUAAUUUUAAUUCCAAAAACAGAGGAAACUCGCGCUGCAAAACCGUUAGGGCUCGCCCAUUUCACCGUGCCAAAGGAGGAGCUCUACGUUGUUCUUACAACGAAACGACGUCGUUUCAGGACGAUCAAGGUCCCCCUCAAGAAGCAGUGUUGAAAGCCAUUUCAGAGGUGUCUAAGACAGAAGGUAGGGUUGGCCAAACUACGAACAUGGUUAUUGGAGGCACUGUUACAGAUGAUUCUACCAAUGAAUGGCUUACUUUGGACCAGAAGGUGAACUCAUACCCAACAGUGAGAGGGUUUACGGCAAUAGGAACAGGAGGUGAGGACUUCGUGCAAGCCAUGGUUGUUGCCGUGGAAUCUGUAAUACAACAGCCAAUUCCUCAGGGACGUGUGAAGCAGAAGUUAUCAGCUCGGGGCAAAUAUGUGUCCGUAAACAUUGGGCCUAUCCAAGUUGUUUCCAGUGAACAGGUCCAAGCUGUAUAUAAUGCCAUGAGGAGGGAUGACCGGAUGAAAUAUUUUUUGUAGUCUGUUAGAUUUUGUAUAGAAUGCAGUGUUUCCAAGGGAUGUAUAACCAUGCCUGCUUUCGAGUAGUUAGGCUGAUUUUGUUCUUUGAUUAGUCCCUGAUAUCAUUGUCAUCAGAUGUAAUAAUGGUUUAAAUUAGAUCUCUUCUGUAUUUUAUGAAUAUGUAAGCAUGAUAUGUUACCAUUAGUUAUAAAAAAUAAUAUAGACAUUAUUUUCUA